AUGUUGGGGGGGAUUCCCUGGCAGGUCUAUUUUCAACGGGUUCUCUCUGCCUCUUCAGCUACGUACGCCCAGGUGCUCUCGUUCAUCGCCGCUGCAGGGUGCCUGGUCAUGGCCGUGCCCUCAGUAAUGAUCGGGGCUAUAGGGGCCUCCACAGACUGGAACCAGACUGCGUAUGGACCUGUACCUCCCAAGGAGAGGGACCAGGCAGACAUGAUAUUACCCAUAGUCCUCCAGUACCUCUGUCCUCCCUUCGUCUCCUUCUUCGGCCUGGGGGCGGUCUCUGCUGCCGUGAUGUCAUCCGCCGACUCCUCCAUCCUAUCAGCUAGCUCCAUGUUCGCUCGGAACAUCUACCAGCUGGCUUUCCGCCAAUCGGCAUCGGACACCGAGAUCGUGUGGGUGAUGCGUGUCACCAUCUUUGUGUUCGGCGGCCUGGCCACGGCGAUGGCGUUGCUAACGGGGACGGUGUACGGGCUGUGGUACCUGAGCUCCGACCUGGUCUACGUUAUCAUCUUCCCUCAGCUCAUCUCCGUUCUCUUCGUCAAGGGAACCAACACGUACGGCUCCGUCGCCGCUUACGUCUUUGGUCUGAUCCUGAGGAUCGGAGGAGGGGAACCCUACCUCUCACUACCCCCCUUCAUCUACUACCCCGGCUGGCAGAUAGAGGACCGGAUCCAUCAUCUGACUGGAGAGGUGGAACACAUCGUGGUGCAGAAGUUCCCGUUUAAGACAGUCUCCAUGUUGGCCUCCUUCCUGGGCAACGUGGCUUUCUCCUACCUGGCCAAGUAUCUUUUCGAGAGCGGCAAGUUGUUGCCCAAGUAUGACUUCCUGGACGCGGUGUUGGCCCAGCACAGCAUAGAGAACAUGGACAAGACCACGUUGGUCAACCGUAACACCAUCGCGCUGUCUGAGAUGGCGACUGUCAAACCACGGCUCAGCGUUCAACUGGCGGCUACGUUCACUCGCAGAGACACUCUGGCUGAGGAGGACUCGAGUCCCGAAGACAGCCCCAACCACGAGACCCUGGACUAAACCCCGGACCUUGAACCUUGAACGUAAAGAGACUAAAGAGAGGACUGAAAUGACAAAGACUGAAAUACACAUUUUGACUCGUUUGAUAUUUAACCAUUUUGAUUUGAUCCCCAUCACGGCCAAGUGAGUUAUGGAGAUGGAACAGAAUAGAGAUAAUGCCAUCCUAUUGGGGCGGCAGGGUAGCCUGGUGCUUAGAGCGUUGGACUAGUAAACGAAAGGUUGCAAGAUCGGAUCCCCCGAGCUGAUAAGGUAAAAAAAAUCUGUCGUUCUGCCCCCUGAACCAGGUAGUUAACCCCACUGUUCCUAGGCCAUCAUUGUAAAUAAGAUUUUGUUCUUAAGCUGACUUGCCUCGUUAAAUAAGGUUCAAAUAAGAGGACAUUAUGAAGAUGGAACAGAAUAAAUGGCACGGAGAUAAGAGGACAUCAUGAAGAUGGAACAGAAUA